AAAACUCAUAAGUAGCAUAAAUUGACGUGACACAGAUACUAAUAUAAUUAUACUUUUAUAAUAUAAGCUGCCGUCCGUUCCGCUGUACUAUUUAUUUAGUCGAACAAAUAUGGUUUUGAAACAGCAGUUUUCAAACCAUUUAUGUAUUUACUUAAACUAAGAGCCAAGUGUCUUUACUUUCACUUUUGUAACUUCCGUAUUGAAAACAAGCCAGGUUCAACAAUGCGGCGUUGAGAAGGCCAACUCAGAACAAUAGGAAUGGGUCUCAUUGUGUGGAUCUUUGACUGGAUGUGCUUUACAGGUCAUUUCAUGUGGGAAGCUGGGCAUUCUUGCUUGAAUGUGUUUAUAUUGGUAUCGAUCUUGACACUUUUAACAGGAUACCUGUAUACAAAUGUCAGGGAAAACAACUCAGGUGGACAGAUGGUGGUCACAUCUCCCCCUGAACAUCAAAUCAAUAGUCCAACAGAAUGUGACUACAGUACAGCGCGUGAGAAAAAGACCCAAAGUGACUCGGUCACAUCCAAGGAGACUUUGGCCACAGCGGUCACAAAUUGUCCUGAUGGAGGAGACGCUGUGCAUCGCAUGAAGAUGGUAGAGCUGUGUGUUCAAGACAAAGACAAUGGGUGUUUAAGCAGAAGAAACCAGAGCAAUACAAGCCGUGCCAGUGAUCAGCCAUUCACAAGUGCUGAUGAAGAUCUCUACUGUGAUCUGGAUGACAAAGGGCUGGACAGUAAUAUGUAUCAUCAGCCAUCGCUAUACACGGAUGAUGAUUGUUUCCUAGAAAACCUGAAGAAGGACACCUCCUUUGAGUUACGGAAGAUUGUUUUUAAAGUCAUGGUCACAGGCAGGGAGUUGCCAUGCUGGAUCAACACAGAAGAAACCUUGCAGUUGCCAAAUAAGUUGUUCCAGGAAGGCUAUGCCUGGAUUAAUCAGUGGAACUUUGAGUAUAGGUCUGGUGGAAAUCCUGUUGAGAAACUUCAAGCAAGUUUAGAUGUCUUUCUGAAAAAGUGGGCACCGAUUUGUAAUUUAGAACCUCAACACGCUAGAGAACGGGCUUGUGAAAUCAUGUUAAAGAGCAAAGAGAUCGAGGAAAGAAUAUGUGAAGCCCUGAAGUUCCUGAUGUUAUGCAAAUCCAUUCAGAUGUAUAACAGGAUGGGGGAUGGAGAAGACGUGCCUGUUUUCUGCACUUUGCUUUUUGCAAGGAGCACAUCUCGCCACCCCUAUCACUUCAUGAUUAAUCAUCUCAACAUCUUGGGAUUAGAAAGCAGACUGAAGCAGAUGGAAGUGGAGCUGCUUCUAUACACCUUAUUCAGUUGACCUGCAGAUAUUAAAAUGAAUUAUAUUUAAAGCUGCCAACACAAUGUUAACAAGUCAUGGAGGUACAAUUUUGGUAAAUUGUUUAAAUAAAUAUUGUGUAACACAGUAUAAACCACAUAUGUCCUCCUAUUUUUAGUGCACGGUUUAAAUUCAAGAUUCUGUAACUAAGAAACGGAGACCCCCUACAGCAAAAUUAGAUAUGGAUAUCAACUUUGAUUUAUUCACAAACGACUUUUAAAUUAAUUUAAUUUUCCACAUGAUAUAUAAAAACUUUAAACGUGUUGUAGUGUUGUCCUUGGCAGUCCUUAGACAGAAACCUAUUUUUGAAGGUAAAAUGAAGAGAAGUUGUCAUUCAGCAUACAUAAUAAUUGGAUCAUAUUUGAGCAAGCAGCUUAAGUAAGGCUAUCAGGUAAAACACUCUGUUACACUGUUUUCCUAGAAAAAGGAGAACAUUUUGGUGGACCAUAUUUACUAAGUAAGGGUGAGUGAGGAAAAAUGGGCACUAAAAUCCCCACCCCCAGUCAUUCUGUAAGAAAUUGAUACUGUAUGUUUGGUAACAUUUCUACAUCUUUACAGCGUGUUUAUUAAGUUUUACCAAUUAUGAUUUUAUAUGAAUAUGAAUAUGAAAUACUUUCAGUUUAUAUGAAAAAAAAAAAGUUUUUAGUGCUUGGAAGCCUGUUUAAAAAUCCAGCAGAUUUCUGUUUCUUUUUCUAUAUAUCUUUGUUUCCUUGUCUUUGUGCUUAAAUAUUAAAAACAUAUAGACAUAAAUCAUGUUCCACAAAAAUCAAUUGUUAUAAUCUACACAGUUUAUGCAGUGAUUUUAAUACAGAAGAAAUAUGUCAAUGGCUAUAUGUAAAAUACAGUUUAUCAGUGUCGGCAGCCUUUAGAAUACUUAUAAACAACAUAUUCUCCUGCAUUAACUUACCUAAAUACAGUCUGAUGUGACUUCUGUCGUUUAGAAUCUCAAAAAGGAAGGCAGUGUAAUAUAUAAAAAAGCAUGAUUUGUUUUUUAAAUUUAGUCAAUAGGCAACAGACCAGUAGUGCUAAAGAUAAAAUACUGGUACAUAAUGUAGGUAAACACUGGGUUAUUGCAGCAGCCUAGCACAAACACGUGGUGUAGUUGAUGUAGUCUUUGUACAGUUAAAUGUGAAAAGAGCACUUUGUCUUCUUCAGAAUAUGUCCAUAAGGUAAAAUAUACAGAGCACUCUGAGUCCAUGCCAACCUGGUUUACUGAUACCUUACAAUGUUGUAAAAUACGUAAAUGUAUAACUUCUCAUAAGGCAUCAUUCCUCCUCGGUCUGUCCUGAGUAAUGUAUGUAAUGUUACUAUAAAUCAAUUAGAUCAUAUGAACACUUUGUAUAGCAGUAUGUAUAGUAUAAAUAUGUUCUGUAUAUUCUCUUCCUAACGUGGAGUUUGUAAACGACAGCAUUUUAUUGAAAAUAUAAGUUUUGGUUGUUGGUUUCUUUCCUUCGUUUAUAUUUACCAUGUUCAUCAUUGUUUUAUUUUUGUCAUUUAUUAAAAAUAAAUAAUUAUGUUUUUGACAAUUUA